AUGAGUAAAGGAAGUUUAGAAAUCGCCAAGCAAGCAAACUUAAUAAUUCAGCCUGUUCGUCCUAGUUUAGACGACUUAAAUCCAGCAAUUAGGGAAUUCAAUGGUUUAUUCAAAUCCGGAAUUCCCAAAAAUAAAUUAGCCUUUGUCAUAAAUGCGGUUAGUUCCGAAGCCGAGGAAAAAGCCACGAGGAACUAUUUACAAAAAGCGGGUUAUUUUGUUUUUGCUAAUUCUUUAUCAGAAAAAAUAAGUUAUCGCGAAGCCCAAAAUGAGGGAAAGUCCAUCAGUGAGGUAAAAUACCCAAGAUUAAGAGAACAAGCCAAAGAGUUAGAUAUUUCCUACGAGGAAAGAUUAAAGUAUGUCGAAGUUUUGGAAAAAGCCUUGGAAUGCUACGAAAAGCAUAGAAAUUAUAAAAAUCCGAUUAGACUUUCACCACUAGCCAAAGAAGCUCAGAAGCAAUUAAGAGAAUUAUCUGCCCGCAUAAUGGCGAAUGAGAAAAUUUUCCAAAGAAAGGGUGAUAAAAUUCCCGCUUUACCUUUUUGGAUUGAAAUACAAAGUAUUGGAAAUACGAGUAUUCUCAGAGAGAAAAUAUUAAAUAGCGUUCAUUAA